AUAUUUUGCAAAUGGUUUCAUUACCGCUGAUUGGACGAGACAUGUCAAUCAAGAUAUACAGGAAGAAAGAAAUAACUUUGUUUCUUUAGUGGACUUCUCUUUUUACUUUAAACCCUUUUUUGUUCAUAGCGAAACUUUAUAAUGUUAGAAAAUAAAAGAUUAUAUUUGCAAGAAAUGAGAAAUGGAAUUUAUUAAGCGCUAGUUUGAUGAAGGGCAUUCAUAAACCGUGAUUUUGGAUAUGCUGUGAACAUACCAUAACAUAAAGAUUAGCUUGCGCUCUCUAAAAACAAACCUCAAGGACGCAGGUCUGUUUAGAGAAAAAAAAUAUUCCUCCUUUAAAUGAUAAGGAAUACUAUAAGAGCAGAACUGUGUGGAUUAGGACAGUUAUCCGGCUGGUUCAUGCGGUUAUCGCUUCAGCAGAAACACAAGUUGCGUGUAAAACGUGAUGUUAUGCGGCUGCUGCAAGAAUUUAACCCACAGGGGACAGAUCAGAGGACACGCCGCAGAUUUGUUAUUUAUUUCUUUUUAUUUUAUUUUUACCGCAGUACGGACAAAACAUAUUAACACACAUAUACACGAACUGACUUUCCAAUAGUGGUGCAGCACCGAGGCCUGCUGUACUUCCUGUAUAUCUUGAUUGACAGAUGUGUCGUCCAAUCAGCGGAGAAGGUGUCCAUCCCCUUUGAAUCUAAAGAGCUGGAAGGUGCUCUCACGGUUCCUGAAACAGAGUGUAUACAAACAGCUCUCAUCCUUACACACGGAGCAGGGGGAGAUAUGAACUUCAAGCCAUUAAUGUCAUUGGCACGAGACGCCGCCACGUCCGGUUUGCUCUGCCUUCGAUUCACAUGCAAAAGCCUGAACCUGGCACACAGAGUGAGAGCCUAUGAAGCAGCCGUAGUGUACUUGAAAACCCUUGAUAGAUUUGCACUGAGUAACUUUUUCCUUGGGGGACGUUCGAUGGGAGCUCGAGCUGCUGUGGCUCUGGGCAGACAUUUAUGUGCCAAGGAAGAGAUUAAUGUCCAGGGUCUGUUGUGUGUGUCUUUCCCAUUACAUCCUCCUGGCCAAACACAUGCUCAUGUUAAACGUAGUGAGGACCUGAGAGCACUUUCCCACAUUCCUGUGCUCUUUGUAUCUGGGACUGCAGACAACAUGUGUGAACGACAACUUCUGGAACAUGUUGUGAAGCAGAUGGAGAGCCCAAGCUCUGUGCAUUGGGUAGAGGGAGCCAAUCAUGGACUGGCAGUGAAGGGGAGACCUGAAGAUUCUGUGCUAGAUGAGGUCAACUCACAAAUCAUCACAUGGAUACUAAAACAUGUCUGAAGAUGAAUGACCAGUCCAAUGUCGGUCAGUUCCAAUACUGGAAGUGCUAGUUAUACUGUAAUUUUUGUAUAUGUGAAGAGAACAUAACAGUAUUUUUGUAAAUAAAAUAAAUUUUAAAUUGU